AUGUCUAUGAAAGGUUCCCUCAGGACCGUCGCAUUCGGCGGCACCCUCGCCGCCGUCUUCGCCACUGGCCCCGACAUCUACUUCUUCUUCGCCACGCUCGCCCCCACCCAGAGUGGCGCCUCCGUCACCGACUUCUACACCAACACCUCCACCGCCAGUCUCACCUACUCCAGCCUCAACGACCUCUCCGGAACCGACGUCGCCAUCACCGCCGGUAACAUCAACCGCAACAGCGUCAUCUUAGCCCUCGACACCGGGCCCACCAUCUCCGCCACUAUCCAGGGCUCGCCCGUCUCUGGCAGGGGUGGUACACUGCUCUCGCUCGCGGAUUAUAGCGCCUUCGUCGGCGUGUUCGCGUUCACCAACACCGUCGCUCUCAGCGUAGUCAACCUCGCCGUGUAUCACUUCCUCUCCACCCUCAGCGCCACGUCCGGCGACUUCAAAUCGGGAGCUGCUGGGCCGUUUGGCUCUGAUGCGGCGGAGGUCGAUUUUGCUAGCGUUGAUGGUUUGAGUGGACAACAGAGUCUGGAGGGAGGUAGCGAGAUAAGCGCGUCUAAGCUUAUGAUUAGGAUGAGUAAUGGGGUUAGGAUCGCGGCGACGAUAUGGCCCGGGUUGGGGCUGGUACUAGGGAGAGUUUGUCAGCCUCACAACGGUCUGAAAGUGCGCAUGUGA